AGGGAGAGGUAGAGGUAGAGCAAGCGAGCGAGCGAGCGUAGAGAGAGAGAGAGAGAUGAUGCUGUCUUGGUUGCUAAAAUUUGUAUUUCCACCUCCCCCAUCUGCCUUCAUCACAUCCAUGUCUGUGAUCAGCUCGGUAUCGUUGGCCAAUGCCGGCUUCUCAGAAUUAAGGGGCAGUCACUUGCAGUACUCCAAGUUCUGGAAUGUUGGUUCUGGGAAGAAGUUAACUGGAAAGGAAAUCAAACUAUCUAGCAGAACCGGCAUGUUUUUCUUCUAUGCUCCGGCUUGUCUUGUUGCUGCCGCUUCCUUGGUCCUUUUCCCAGAUGAAGGGCUCAGGUUUAUGCUGGUCACUUCAGCCCUCACUGUCCAUUUCCUCAAGAGAGUCUUGGAGGUGCUGUUUGUUCAUAAAUACAGUGGAAGCAUUGAUCUUGAUUCUGCCAUCCUCAUCACCUUCAGCUAUUCCAUUUCCACAGUAAGCAUCAUCUAUGCCCAGCACUUAACAAGAGGGAUGCCUGAACCACAGCUAGAUUUGACAUAUGCAGGGGUUGUGCUAUUUUUGGUGGGAAUUUGUGGUAAUUUUUACCAUCAUCACCUCCUUUCAAAACUAAGGGAGAGUGGUGACAGAGGGUAUAAGAUCCCCAAGGGGGGUUUGUUCAAUUUGGUAAUUUGUCCACAUUAUUUUUUCGAAAUUCUGAUAUUUAUGGGGAUUUCCUUCACCUCUCAAACAGUGUAUGCAUUCUCUUUUACCAUAGGCACCAUUUUCUACUUGAUGGGAAGGAGUUAUGCUACUAGAAAAUGGUAUGUCUCUAAGUUUGACAAUUUUCCCAAGGAGAUCAAGUGUCUGAUCCCUUAUAUUGCCUAGAUGUAAAAGGUAGUAGACAGAAAGUCUUUUAAGAUAGCAGUGGUUUCUUUGGAAGUUUGAGGGUAUAAACAUCUAUGGUUUUGUGUUUUGUAUCCAGUAUCCACUUCCUAUUUCUAAGAAGAAAAUUGACAUGGACUUCUUUAUCA